GGGAACAGAGAGUGUACCUGUACCUACGGAUUGAGUUUGAUCACAAACAACAAGAUGUGCGCCGAGUUAAAUGUUGGAGGGAAGGGCAUCUGUCAGGGGGAUGGAGGAGGUCCGCUGGUGAGCAAGCAGGGCGGUCGCUGGAUCCAGGGGGGAAUCACGAGUUUCCUCAGUAAUAAGGGCUGCGCAGUGCCUAAUAUCCCGUCAGGCUACACCCGAGUGUCCCAGUAUCAGUCCUGGAUCAACAGCCAGAUCACCAUCAACCAGCCGGGCUUCAUCACCUUCACCUCCACAGGGACUGACGGUGACCUCAGCGUCACCUGUCCUGCCCUGCCACCACCCAUAGCCCAAGUGUGUGGUCAGCCUACGCUCAACACUAAGAUCGUUGGAGGACUGGUGGGCUCUGCAGGCAGCUGGCCCUGGCAGGCCAGUCUGCAAAGCUCUGGAACCCACUUCUGUGGAGGAACCCUCAUUAACAAUGAAUGGGUGCUGACAGCUGCUAACUGCAUCACAAGCACAGGCAUAGGCACGAGCACUCUGACUGUGGUUCUGGGUCUCCAGAGUCUACAGGGAACAAACCCCAAUCAAGUGUCUCGGGCAGUAUCACAGAUCAUCAUUCAUCCCAACUUUAACCCUGGAACUUUUGAAAACGACAUCUGCCUCCUGAAGCUCUCCUCACCGGUGGUUUCAACGCCUACGUCCUGCCCGUCUGCCUGGCAGCCACAGGCAGCACCUUCUACAAGGGCACUGUCUCCUGGGCCACCGGCUGGGGCAACGUUGGAACUGGAGUGUCCCUUCCUUACCCACAAAAGCUAAUGGAGGUGCAGCUGCCUAUUGUGGGGAACAGACAGUGUAGCUGUACCUACGGAUUGAGCCUGAUCACAAACAACAAGAUGUGUGCCGGUGCUGGAGGGAAGGACAUCUGUCAGGGGGAUGGAGGAGGUCCACUGGUGAGCAAGCAGGGCGGUCGCUGGAUCCAGGGGGAAUCACGAGUUUCCUCAGUAAUAGGGGCUGCGCAGUGCCUAAUAUCCCAUCAGGCUACACCCGAGUGUCCCAGUAUCAGUCCUGGAUCAACAGUCAGAUUACCAUCAACCAGCCGGGCUAUUACACCUUCAUGUCCGCUGGGACUGACGGUGACCUCAGCGUCACCUGUUCUCCACCAAGAACUGCACGCUAACAGUGAUCUGGUGGUGAGCAGGGCGGCUCUCGGUUCCAGGCAGCGGGGUUAAUAGGUGGAAACAAGGCCUCCAACACCACCACCUUCCUGGUUAAUCUCCAGCCUCCAUCAGCAACACCAACAGCACCAGCACAGCUGCCGCCAACAUACCGACUACCAGCGGAGGCGCUCCUGCUCACCCCCCUUCUUCUUCUUCUUCAUCCAUAUCCUCAUCUUCUCUGUGUGAGAGAUUCUGGAUGGAAACUGCUUUCUCUCUAAAAUAAAUCUUUCUGUCUGCUUCCUUUUGCUUUGAGCGUGUGUGCUACUGCUCUCAAUCUGAAGUCUAAUCCAAAAGUCCUGCAGUAAAUCCUCCUUCACAAUGGUUUUAACCUGUUUGUGUUGAGAUGUGUUGAUUCAACUGUCAUUUUGGAGACUGCUG